UUAGAUUGACCAAGAAGUAACAUUUUUACAUUUUCAUAUUACAGUCAAAUACAAUCAAUACUGUCAUCUGGAAUUGCAAUAUACUGUUUAUCAAACUGUUCAUGUAUUAUAUAACACUUCACGUCUAUGCCGGAACGCUUUCACUGUAUACUUAACUUAGCCAGCUUUCUAGGAUAGUUUGUCAUCAAAAAGAUAAUUUUUUCAUCGUUUGUCAUAUCUUUUAGUUUAUUGCCAGAAAAUAUAUCAUUAAAAGUAGAUUCUCUCAAGUCAUUAUAUAAGGAGCAGUGGAGAAUAAAGUAACAUGUAAGCUGAUUAGUUAAAUUUCAAAGAAAUUUAUACUGCAGAUAAAUUUAUGUCGCACCUAUAUGAGCGUCACUGAAGAGUCUUAUGUAGACGAAACGUGCGUCUGGCGUACUAAAUUAUAAUCUUGAUACCUUUGAAAACUAUUAAGUUUGCUUGUCAUGUUUUGGAAUUUUUGUCAGAUUUUCGAAAUCCUCUGGUUUUAUCCAUUUGAAUGCCUUAAAUAGUUUUCCUAUGAGCCCUCAUUUUGCAUUUCAUAAAUCUUUUACAUGUAUAAUUAUACAACCAUUUGUAAAAGUUUUAUAAAAUUUUAUUAAUUUUUUAAUAGUUUUUGAGAACUUAUACUGCAUGUACGUAUACUGGUCAAUGAUAAAAGCUAACACAAAUCAAGAGAGAACAUUUUCUUGCUUUGCCUAUUCUUAGGAAAUCCACUAAAUUUGAAACCCUACGAAAAGUAAUAACUAGCAGUAUUUGGAUUGAAAGUGUGUAAUGAUUCUCGCGCAGUUGAAUAUAGGGAUAACAUCUGCCAUAUUCUUCUCAGGUACUCGCUCAGAUGCCACCAGUAAAAUAGAAAUGAAGAAAGCAAUAAAUACCAUUGUUCAGGCAAUUACAAAUACACAAGUGGACAAGGAGAAGAUAGCUUACGUACAUUGCCAUGCAGAUCAAAUAUCACUAGCUCAUAACCAUGUGAUAUCGUGUAAAGAUAAACUCAUCCAAUUAAAAAACGACGUAGUGGAGCUUCGAAAACAGUUGGGAGAAUGUCUUUACACUGUGCAGUCGUUUUACAGCAACACCAACUGGGUCGAAAUGAACGGUGCAGUACCUUAUAAGGAUUUUGGUAUCAAAGGGAAGACACUAAUGGCAGUAGCUUCACCAGACGAAGAUACCUGUAACGAUGUUACAAAUAUAGAUACUGACUGUGGACAAAAUAUUAAAGUACAAAACAAGUUAACCAGUGGUUACCAUCACGGAAGAGGAAACACAAAACCUACAAAAACUCAAGGUGCACCCACUGGAAAAUGUAGUCAUGGUGGACCUGACGAUGAGAGUCGUAAAAUGGUAGCAAAAUGUGGAAUAAACAAAGAAACACCAACAGAACGUUUAUCUCCCCAUUUUUAUCUUCAUGAACAGGCCUAUUUAGCUGCUAUUGCUGCCACAACAGACUUUCUCACUAUGAACGAUACAGGUAUUCUAAAAAUGCUUGGGAGUAAAAUUUUCGACGAAAUAUUCAACAUAAAAACAAGAGAGGAUGUAUCACUAGCGUUUGUUAUAGAUUUCUCAGGUUCCAUGAAGGAAGAAAUUGCUACUGUUAGAGAACAAAUAAUUCAACACGUGACUGCUACAAUCGGUUCUGGCAAUGAACCAGCUGAUUAUGUUUUAUCACUGUUUAGUGAUCCAGUUACAUUGAAUAAAGCAUUCGUCGAAAGAGAUGGAUACGAAAUGAUUAAGAGAAUCAAAAAUAUCACAGUAGCUGGAGGUUAUGACUGCCCCGAGUUUGCAUCCGACGGCAUAGCUAGAGCCAUCAGUAUAUCUCGAAACGGUUCUACAAUAUUUGUCAUUACUGACGCCGACGCAAAGGAUGCAAAUAGACAACAAGAGUUAACAGAUGCUGCAAUAACUAAACGUAUUAGUAUAAGCCCAUUUCUUACGGGCACUUGUGCCAGGGGUCGACGGGCGAUUCAGUCUGUAAAGAGAAAAGACACUGCGUCAUUCUUUCACCGUCUAGCUAAGGCAACAGGAGGGAAGGUCUAUCGAACAACGAAAGAAGGAAUAACUGCUGUAUUGAAUGAUGUUAUUGAGAAAACUUUCCCUGUUGGUGGAGUUAUAGUAGAUGCAUUUAACUGGUCACGGACAUCAAGUAACAAGGUCAUGUUUGCUGUUGAUAGUUCAAUAACAGUCCUUAAAAUUGCUGUGUGCUGUCCAGGUGCAGACAGUGGAGUAGAUUUGUUUUACCCAAAUGGAACAAGAGAAACAUUUGCAAGUAGAAUAUCACGACAGCUGUUCACUACGAGGCACGAAGUAAUAAUGUCUCUGCAACGACCACCCCCAGGCAGAUAUAGUCUACAGAGAAAGUCAUCGAGUAACUGGUCAGGGUCGGUAAAUAUAACAGCACAAAGUCUAGUUAAACAGGAAACAGAAAUACUUGAAAAUACUGGUGCCUUACCUACUCUUAAAGGAAGUCCUAUUGCACGAAAGAACUAUACAUUUUAUGUUAACAUAUAUAACCUUGGAGAAAACGGGACUUGUAAUGACCUUAUUCUUACUGAUGUGCUGGGCAAUGAAUUGUUUAAUGUUCAUACUAUUCAGACAACAAAUUUUAUGACAGUAAGAUGUGCCGCCAUAUUCAAUACUCCAAACCAGUUUUUCCAGUUAAAGUUAAACGGGACUGACAACAAUGGAUUGGAAUUUACAAGAAAAAAUGCCCUUGUAUUUAAACCAACUAACGUCAAGUUUAGAAUAGUGUCUCCUGAAAGCGCAGUUAUCGGAAAAGAAUUGCUGGUAUAUUAUGAAGUUGAGAAUGCAGGAACAAUAAAUGAAACAUAUGAAGUAGCAAUAACAGACGACGACUCUGCUGCAGUAUUACCAAAAAGAAGACAGCAUACAGUGUUUGCAGGUUACAUAAGUAAUGGAUCAUUUACAUUGAAGCCUACCUCAUCAUCUGUUAUCUUGAAAUUCAGCAUAACAGUCUACAUGGGUAAGACCUCAGAAAUGACUCAGAGAAUUUCGAAAACUGUCCUCAUGACUGACAUUGAAAGACCAGUGUGCACAAUUGUAUCAUUGAAUGGAACUUGUAAUCGUUCUUCGUUGAAUACAGCACAAUGCCAUAAAUAUCACUGGUUCGCAGAUGCCAAUAUUUCUUUCAAAGGAACUGAGUUAGAAAAUAUAACUUCAUCUGCUGGAUCAGCAACCGAAUUGUUAAUUGAUGAUAUUUCUGGUCUGAGAUAUGGUCCAGUGAAUAUCAGUAUCAGAGGAAGUUGCUGUACGCCCUCAGUCGUUAUUGCAGCUGUCGAUACUGAUGGAUACAUAGCAUUGUGUAGAAUAGAGUUGUCAGAUGGAGAAAUUGUCAAAUCAAUGGAAUCUUAUGACAUAGAUGUUACAAUAAAAGAAAAAGACAAAACGGAUGUUAGUUAUACAAGAAUCGUCAUAACGGUAAUAGUGUGUGCAAUCAUUGUCGUCGUUGUUGUGUCGAUUUUGGCAUUCAUUAAUUACAGAAAAUUUAAACAAUCUUCACGUGGUAAUAUGAAUUAUAAUGUAAGCCAAAACACUGCAAGUGGAAUCACAAAUCAACCAACGAGCACUGUAGAAUACCAUUCAGUCAAAUCAGGUGACGAGAAAGACAACAUGUGAAA